GACAGGAACGAAGGCUACAAGAUUGCUCUACUCCUGCAAGACACUCUCUCUCUCGGAGUCUGUCUUUAGUUUCUUUUGUUGCUGUUAAUUUCUGUGUUUUGCAGGUAAAAACGAAACGACUGUGAUUUUGUAUAAAGACCCAGAAAAAAAGCCGAGAUCUUUCGGGUUGGACUUACUUUGAAGGAAAAGUUGAUUUUUUCUUGGGUUUUAUAUUCCAUAUAUUGAAGGACAAGCAACUCUGAAGUUUAAGCCAAGUUUAGAGGGAUCUUCAAAAGAAGACAUGAAUCUUUUGUACAGUUCCAGUUUCAAGUAUUCAGAUGGAGAGUUGAGAAGGAGUCAAGAAUUCAUGGAUUUAAAUCCCUAUCACUACCAUCAACAACAACAACAAAUCCAGCAAAAUUCUGGUCUGAUGCGUUAUCGCUCUGCACCAAGCUCAAUCCUGGAGAGCCUUGUGAAUGGUACAAGUGGCCAUGAUGGUGGUGGCAUCGAAAGCGGGGAUUAUCGGUAUCUUCGAUCUUCAAGCCCUGAAAUGGAUACCGUGUUGGCGAGGUUUAUGUCAUCAUGUAAUGGUUCUGGUGAUUCCAGUUCUCAAAAUCUGCAAGAAUUUGGAGAGAGACCAGCGAUAAAGCAAGAAGGAGGAGAUUCGGAGAUGGUUUAUCAAAGUUUACCGGGGCAUAAUUUGGUUACUGACAAUUCAGUGAGUGUUGGGAAUUCUAUGGAUAGCGCAUUCAAUGUAAUGAGUUCAAUGGCUUUAGAGAAUUCUAUGCAAGCAACUAAGAUGAGUACCGCGAACGGAUCUAAUCUUGCUAGGCAAAACAGCUCUCCAGCUGGACUUUUCUCCGACCUUGGCGUUGACAAUGGCUUUGUUGUAAUGAGAGAAGGUGGCAGCUUCAGAGCUGGAAAUGGUACGAAUGGAGAAGCGAGUCCAACUAAUAAGUUAAGAAGGCAUGUGAACUUCUCAUCAGGGCAAAGGAUGUUGCCUCAGAUUGCUGAAAUUGGAGAAGAAUGUAUUGGUGGGAGGAGUCCAGAAGGCGAUGUUAGCGAGGCAAGGUACAUGUCUAGGUUCACUAGUGAUUCUUGGGACGGUGCUUCUCUGAGUGGUCUUAAGAGACAGAGGGAUAAUGAUGGGAACAUGUUUUCUGGCCUAAACACACUGGACAAUCAGGAUGGAAAUUCUGGAAACCGUGUGACUGGUUUGACUCACCACUUGAGCUUGCCCAAGACUCUUUCAGAAACGGCUACCAUCGAGAAGUUUUUGGAUUUUCAAGGCAAUUCUGUUCCAUGUAAGAUUCGAGCCAAAAGAGGUUUCGCUACCCAUCCACGAAGCAUAGCAGAGAGGGUAAGAAGAACUCGGAUUAGUGAAAGAAUGAGAAAAUUGCAAGAACUUUUCCCAAACAUGGACAAGCAAACAAACACGGCAGAUAUGUUAGAUUUGGCAGUUGAGCACAUUAAAGAUCUACAGAAACAAGUAAAGACCCUCACGGAUACUAAAGCGAAGUGCACGUGUUCUAGUAAACAGAAGCAAUAUUCAAGUCCCUCAGCUUGAUUUUAGUUUCUGUACAGAUAGCACUAGGACAAUGGCAAGACAAAAAACAAGCACAUAGCUACCUAGUUUUGAUCUACCGUAAAAUAAUAGGUAUCAGGAGACAGUGAGCUUUAAGGAUAAUUUAAGAUACACUUUUCUCUGUAAUAUUUUGUAGUGCUGAUCUCGGCAUUCUACCGAAAGCAAUGCCCUUUCAAAAUUUCUUCUGUUUGCA